CCAUCAGUGGCAUCAGCGACGCGCAUCGACAAUCGACCAUGCAGCAGCUUCGUAACCAUCGUCGCUCUCGGGUUGUCCGGUAGCUUGCAUCUGUCGACCGAUUAAUGUUCCGUCCAUGGCUCAUUUCACCUCGAUCGGAGCUUCCUAGCCUAGGUAGUACUACGUAGGUACACACAUCACAUGAAGUGGUUCAACAUGAGCUCGUCCACGUACAGGUCGCCGGUGUUCAUCGGCCUCCUGGUGGUGAUGUCCGUGGCCUUGGUGCUCCUUCUGCACCACUGCAUCCUCGUCAGCUGCUGCAACGGCGAGAGAAUCCGCAGGGGGAGCCGACGGCGAGGUGCCACGGCGCGGCAGCAAGAAGAGCAGCCGGAAGAGAGCGUGGGCGACCUGAGCUCGUCGUCGCGGGUGCAGCUGGUGGCGAAGCCGGUGGUGUGCCGGUACCGGAAGGACGAGGAGUGGAGCGAGCCGACGUGCCCGGUGUGCCUUGCGGACUUCGCGGACGGCGAGGCGGUGAGGGUGCUGCCGGAGUGCCUGCACUACUUCCACGAGGACUGCAUCGACACCUGGCUCCGCGCAGGCAACACCAGCUGCCCGAUGUGCCGCGCCGAGACCACGCCCACGCCGUCGCCCAGCCCCGCCGGGUCACUCCACCACCAGCUCUCCCUCGACAUCUCCCUCGAGGACAUCCUAAUCCGCACGUAGAGAUGGACGGCCGGCGGUGAACAGGAGGAAGAAGCAGAGUGUAUGUGUAUCUACUACAUUGCUCUGUUUCGCUUCUAAAUUCUAAUCCGCACGUAGAGAUGGGCGGCCGGCGGUGAACAGGAGGAAGAAGAGGUAGUGAUCGAUUCU